AUGGUCGAACUCACGGUUUUGGCCGUGGUGGGGUACAUCCUCACCAGCCUCCCGCUCCCCAUGUAUGGCCUGUUUGUUGGCAUCCUGGAUGGACUCACUCGCUUCUUGGGCAAUCGUAUGUGGUACUAUCGGUUGGAUGAGUGGGUGUACAAGCACUUUCAGCGCAUCGUUCUCAUGUUUAUCAAGGACAUUGGGGCCACCGAGACCGUCAUGUAUGGCGAUGCACCCCAGCCUGAGAAAGCCGUCCUCAUCUGUAACCACCAGUGUACAGCCGAUGCCUUUAUCAUCGACAUGGUCGCACACCAAGGCUCGCGCCUGGGGCACUUGCAGUUUCUCCUCAAAAAUUCUCUCAAGUACCUGCCCCUUUUCGGACCUUACUGGAAGCAGCACGGCUUUGUGUACCUCAAGCGCUCCUGGGCCUCGGACAAGCUGGCGAUUGAGCGCAACCUUGCACUCACGCAGGAACGCCCCGUGCCUUACUGGAUGUGCCUCUUUCCUGAAGGCACCCGUCGAACCCACAACCCCAAGCCCCCCUCCCGUCCUGAUAUUCCUACGUACCCUCACGUGUUGGCCCCGCGCUACAAGGGGUUCAUUGCCUGCAUUGAGCAAUUACGCAGCGAUGCCACUGCCAUUUAUGAUUUGACAAUCGCCUACGAUCACAAGGAUGCCAACGGCCAGCAUCCUGAACCUCCCUCUAUCCACGGCAUUCUUCACCCAAAGUACCACCGCGUGGCUUGCCAUGUGGACCGCAUCGACAUGUCCACCGUGCCGCAGGGCGAGGAAGCGAUCCGAGACUGGCUCAGUCAUCGUUGGGAGGCCAAGAAUGAGUAUGUCCUGUCUCUGUUCUUGAUGGCCCCCCAUCCCCCCGCAGCCCCGGUGCCGUUGACUCACAAUCACCCACACGCUUGCAGCCUGCUGGCCAAGUUUUAUGAGGGCAAGGAUUUUCCAGACAAGCGGGGCGCCUUUCAGAUUGGCCUUGAGCACUAUUUCUGGGAUAUUGGCAUUGCGGUCUUGGUGACCCUCUUCUCUUAUGGCACUGUCUUUGGUUCGUUUGGCUGUCGGGACGCCAGGGCUGAAGCUGGCGAAUCCGCUCGCGCUUGA